AUGGAAGAAGGUGAUAGGGUAGGUGAUUUCUUCAGCCAAAUAUUGACGAUUGCGAAUCAAAUGAAAACUUGUGGUGAAGCCAUUACAAAUACUAUGAUAAUUGAAAAGAUCAUGAGGUCAUUGCAGUUGAUGUUUGACCACAUUGUUGUAGCCAUUGAGGAAUCUAGAGACCUGGGAAAACUCAAGAUAGAGGAACUUCAGAGUUCAUUAGAAGCAUAUGAGAUGAGGAUGAGAGAGAGGAAUUCUGUAAAACGCGAUGAUCAGGCACUUAAGGUCAAGCAUGUCAAAGUUGAAGAGAAAAAGAAGUCUAAGAAAUGGGAAGGAAAAUCGAGAAAAGGAAAGUGGAAGAAAGAAGGCAGUGGAGAUACAGAAGAGCCAGAUGAAAGAUCUGGCUCAACAGAAAAGAAACACUUCAAAAAAGGCUCGAAGAAGAAAGACAAAAGAAAUACCGAGUGUUUCAAUUGCCACAAAUAUGGGCACUUCGCGUCUGAAUGCUUUCUAGAAAAAGCGAAUCAAAAGAAUUCUUCAACCAAGGAGAAAGAAGCUCAUGUUGUCCAGGAAGAUUCGGAUACAGAAAUGUUGACAUUGAUGGGGAUGACGACCACUGAAUGUGCGAAACCAGUAAACAAGAACUAG